CCAGGCCGCCGCCCCGUCUCUGCCCUCGGCGCCCCGACCCUGGCAAAGGUGCGGGGGGCUUGGGGCGACCGGGCGGAGCCUGCGACUGCGCGCGAUCGGGACCGGGCGGCGGCGGCGGCGGCGGCGGUGACGGCAGCGGGACCGGGAUGGAAGGGAGCGCUGUGACUGUCCUUGAGCGCGGAGGGGCGAGCUCGCCAGCGGAGCGACCCAGCAAGAGGAGGCGCAGGAGCGGCGGCGCCCGAGCACCCGAGGGGGUCCGAGUCCAGGCAGCGGGCCAGACACGCGCCACAAAGGGAGCGCCCCCGCCACCCGGCACGCCGCCUCCCUCCCCAAUGUCCUCGGCCAUCGAAAGGAAGAGCCUGGACCCGUCUGAGGAACCGGUGGAUGAAGUGCUGCAGAUACCCCCGUCCCUGCUGACAUGUGGUGGCUGCCAGCAGAACAUAGGGGACCGCUACUUCCUGAAAGCCAUCGACCAAUACUGGCAUGAGGAUUGCCUCAGCUGUGACCUCUGUGGGUGCCGACUGGGAGAGGUGGGGCGGCGCCUCUACUACAAGCUGGGACGGAAGUUAUGCAGGAGAGACUACCUCAGGCUUUUUGGUCAAGAUGGUCUCUGCGCCUCCUGUGACAAGCGGAUCCGUGCCUAUGAGAUGACAAUGCGCGUGAAAGACAAAGUGUAUCACCUGGAGUGCUUCAAGUGCGCAGCCUGCCAGAAGCACUUCUGUGUUGGCGACAGAUACCUCCUCAUCAACUCUGACAUCGUGUGUGAGCAGGACAUCUACGAGUGGACUAAGAUCAAUGGGAUGAUCUAGGCAGAGUCCCCGGCACCUUUGGGGAGGUGUUCGGUGGAAACGCUGUCUCUGUUGGGUUCAUUUUUAGGCACUUUGGGAACCUGAGGGUGGGUGAGGCAUGACUUAGGAGACUGGACUCUCCUUGGGCACUAAGACAUAGCAUCCACAUGACAUAUUGCAAAGGCCAAGACUUCAGUGACAAAAGGACCAGCCCUUAGAGAGAAUUCGUGGUCACAGGCUAUCCAUAGUAACUGACAGGGUUAGUGGAGAAAACGUUUGGGGACCAGCAUGCACUGCGCCAUCACGGUAGGAGUGCCCAGCUAGGUAGUGUUGGGUAAAGACUAUGUGUGCCCAUGGUGUUUAUGGACUAGACAUGUGCAAUUACUUUCUUCCUGGCUUUGGAACUAUGCUAUUCUAGCCACCGUCCCUCACAGGAGAGAAGGAAAGAGAGAAAAGCAGGCAUUCUUUUUUUCUUGGUCACCUUCCCAUGGCCUAAAGCUUUGGAGCCAGGGGAAACUGCAUGGAAAUACAUUUCUGUUGGGAAUGAAAUACACACCUUUCAAUCAAACAAAUAUUUAAAGCAAAGUUGAUGAAUCACUGUUUUUAGACACCUUCAGUUUGAGGUGAGGCACCCCCACAGAUUGUUUCUAUACAAAUGUAAAUCUUAAGAAGUCAAAGUUGUUCAACUAUUUUAUUAUCUUAGAUUAUAUCAAAGUAUUUGUUGUGUGUCAUUAAAAAAAACUUGAUUCUGAAGACUUAAUAAAAUGACAAGCUAAAAUACCAUGCUGUUGGUGUGAAAUGACGUACAAUUCGGGCUAGCAGGGAAAUGGUCUGCUAUUUUCUCUCAGAAAGGUGAAGUGAAUAAGCAAUUUAUUUCUAGGCCAAAUAAAAGUUUCCAUUUAUUGCACGGGUUUAUAUGAGGUUUAUAUAGGUUUCUGUAUUAUGGGCAAUUAUAUAACAGGCCAUCACAUAGCUCAGAGGGACGUAGAAUAAUUAAGUUGUUAUUGUAAAAUGUGCAUUUCACUU